AUGAACUUCAACAAUCCCUCCGUAAAUGUUGCCAUUACUCUCGCAUCAAAAUUCGAGAUUCGAGAUGCUCCAUGUCCCAAACAGCUGGAUACAGUGAAUACAGUGAGCGUUCAAUCGUCAACAUCUGCAACAAUCUUCACCAAUUCGGGAAUGCCAGAAGAUGCUGAGAGAUGCAAAGGUGGCCAGACAAUAGACCAAACUCCUGCCGAAUAA